CGCGGACAGAGCGACGCGUGCCUCGAUUGCGCAGUCGAGAAUUUGAUUCCGUGCGUACGGACGUAUUUUAUCGUCGUCCGUAGCGGCGCGUUUUAUACGUUUUGUUUACUCUUAUUGGACAUCAACUUUAACUUUUAGUGCGUGAUGAACCUUAAAGUUAUUACGGUGAUAGAUUAAUCGCGCCUAACUAAACACAAAUAUUUUUUUGGUUUCUGCUAGGCAAAGAGCGUCGCGGAUGCGAUCAGGGAGUGCGUUCGCCUUGUGUUCGGCUGUGCAGUUGGACUCCGUUUCAAAGAUGUCUACGUUGAGUGUACGUGCCCCUGGCAUCCAGGCUACCACCAUGCUGGACACGAGGUCUCUCAGAGUGCGCGGCGUCACUAACAUUGACACAGUGCGAAGAAAUUUAUUCGGGUGCACCGAUAGAGAAGAGAAUAGGAGAUUUGUUGAACGUGAAUUGGCUCGACAGCUGGAAUUAGACAGUCAAAGAUGGGGAUUCGAUUUCGCAAAUGAGAAACCUUUACCGGGGCCGCAAAGAUUCGCAUGGCAACUGGUCCCUAUAUCGAGUAUCCCAGUGGCACUCAGAAGAGCACCGAUCACGGUCGCUACUCCCAAGCCGAAUGCACCCUCGCAGGAGACUCAAGUGGCAAGUCCAGAAAACACGAAAACACAAAAAAGGAUAACAGAUUUCCUCAAGCCCCGAAAGAGGACGGCAAGUAAUGGCAAGAAAUCUCCCUCCGUGCAUAAACACGAGUGCGGGCACGGAGCACACAUACGCCCCCCCAAGGUCGCCCGGCUCAACCAGACGCACUUCAAGCGCUCCAGCUAGGCCCGUCCGGUACACAACAGUCCGGAUGUGUCAGCCGGACACUAACACCGGACGCCUCGGCAACUGCAAUCCACGUGCAAUGCUAUCCCCGUGUAACGAACUGAACACGGGUUCGCGAGAUGCAGUGUGCAUUAUUUUAUAUCUCUUUAUUUAUUCUAUGCCAGACGUUAACAAGUCUCCGGCGACAUAUUUAAGUAAUUCGUAAGAUAAAUUCAACCAUUAUACUUUAGGAUACAUGUAUGAUAAAAAAUAUAUUUCUCUAUAGUUUCUGUCACUCGGUACAACAUAAAGUUCAAGUUGCUCAACGGACAAUCAAUAUCUCAAAACUUGUGUCCGUUACUGUGGAUUUUCGUUGCUGAAACACCUGUAAAAAAUAUACUGUCUUAUUCUCUAUGGAAAAAAGAGACAUCAUGUUUUUUGCAGUAAAAUUUUCACAGUUAAUUAUGCAAUAUUUCUCACCUUAUCACAGAUGCAAUAUGGAAGUGUGACGCAUAGUUUUAAGUUUAUUAUGAUCUCUUUGACAUAUUAAUUAAGUUAUAAUAGAUUAAGUGAUAAGUUAAUAAGGAUAUAGAAGUCGGGAGUACAUUUUAAGUUUUGGAUUUAGUUCAGGAGAUUGUGUGCAAGUAAACGUAACUUAAACGUUUCGCUUUGAAAAUGUUAAAACGUUGGCGGGAAUCAGAUUUCAGUCGAAGUGCGUUCGAACAUUUUCGACGCGCGUUUUGGUGCGCGCUUUUUGCGUCCCCCUAUUGCGCAGGCGCAUGGGGGGACACGAAGAACGGAAACUAUUGAGCAAGGCAAUAGAGUAGUAAAAUACAAAUACUCAAGAUGUUAAUUUUGUUGUUCGCAACAAAAUUAUAUUUUAUUUUGCCAAUACUAUUUAAUAAGUUAAAAACAAAUUUUUAUUUUAACUAUAAUAAUUGAGUAUUUGUGUUUGGAAACAAUUGUAGUAUAUUGAGCCUGUCUUUUAUUAAUAUAUUCGUUUUAUUGUUGCAUUUUGAUGGAGUAUAUUCUGUAGAGGAUUUGUUUUUUUUUUGUUCUUAUAAAUGUCUUAAACAUUUUACCAGGAUAGUUUUACGAAUUGUGGCGUUUGUAUCCCGGCGCUUGGAGGGUGCCAGUUGGGUCGCGGCUCUGUUUGAGUACAAAUUAUUUCAUUUCAGUUUAGUUAGGAGAGUCGCGUCCUACUUACA